GAAGAAAGAGAAAGAUUAAUCAAAAGAUCAAACAAAAUUGCUAGAAUAAUUAAAUAUUCAAAUAUAAUGAAUGCUCGUGACAAAGAUUUUGUUACAAGGUUUCAAUUGGCUCAAAUUGUUACUGAAGAUCCUUAUAACGAAGAUUUUUAUUUCCAGAUUUAUAAAGCUAUUAAUUCAAAUAAUGGUUUGAACUCUGAUUCCGAAUUAAAUCAAAUUGCUAAAUAUUACUUGGAAAACUCGGGUCAUAGAUUAGGUGGUAGGCAUAAAAGAGUCGAUUUAGCCUUACAAAGAAUGCAACAACAGGUUCAAAAAGCUGUCACUGUCGCAAAAGAAAGACCAAAAUCAGGUCAAUUAUCCAGGGAUGGUUCAUUGGGUAAAAUCGCCUUUGCUAGUGGAAAAAUGCCUAGAAAGAAAUUAGAAAUCUUGGAAAAAGUCGAUUCUCCAAAGGAAUCUCAUUCUCGAAUUGAAGAUUCUUUAAAAACCGAAAAUGACUCCAUUAAUUCUCACGAUUCUAAAAGCAAUCUUUCAACCCCAAUUAUUACUUCGGUUUCAAUUAAUAAUCAAAACUUAUUAUCUCCUAAUAUCUCAUCAAAUCUCAACAUUAAAAAAUUAACUCCUAAAGUUGUUCUUGGUUGUAUUGAAGUUGUUUAUUCUGAAGUUUUAAUCUUAGAAUCCUUGGAGAGAGCUCAAAAGGAAAUCAAUACAGCUAAUUUAUGGAAAUCCUUACAUAUUAAUGAUUCAACUCAAAUGAGUCAUUCAAAUUCAAAUUCAAAUUCAAAUUCUUUAUUAGAUGAAUCUUAUGAAAUUGAAAACAAUCUCUUUGUUUUAAUGUUAAAUUACAAUAAAGGUGUUAAAUUUAUUCCAAGAUUAUUUCACUAUCUUUCACAUGAUGAGAAAUUCGGCAUUGUCCAAAAAUUGUAUGAAAAAUUCCAUCUUUUAAAUGUUGUCAAAGAAAGUAGUUACAAAAAUUACUAUAAAUCAAGCACUGAGAAACAAAACAGUAUUGAUAAAAAAGUUGAUUUGUUCUUAAACCUUGGAUCUAAGAACAUUUUGAAUUUUAUUUCAAAUGAAUUAUCCUUUAAUGAAAUUAUUAAAACAUUGAUGAUUUUAUUAAACAAUUUUCAUGUUAGAAAUUCAAAUUAUAGCGAUGAUAAGCCAUCUAUUAUUCAUUUCUUGAAUAAUAAAAUUGGAUUAAGUUUGUUGACCAUUUUGAUUUCUAAAGUUGAACUUUUGAAACAACAAGUUGAUGCCUCGAUAUUAAAUACAUCAAAGUCCAUGGCUGGAUUGACUGUUAAUGAUAUUGUUAUUUGGAAUCAAAUCUAUGAUACAUUUUUCAGACUAUUACAAAAUAAUUUAUUAGAAGUAUUCCCUAAAAAUCUUUAUACAGAUGACUCGAUAUCAUUUGUGAAGAAUACCGAAUCUGUUUUAACCUUUGAUGAUUCAUACAUUUGGCAAUUUUUAGCUUCAUUAGCAUUAUCAGGUAAAUUACAACAUCAAAGAAUUAUUAUUGAUGAAAUACGUGAUAAGAUUUUUGGGGUUGUGACAUUUGCUAAAAAACUACAAGAACAUGAAGAUAAUGUGUAUUUCAAAGAAGAGUCAAUUAAGAAAUUAAAGCACUUAAAUUUGUUUUUAAAUGUCAUGGGAUUAAACGCUAACGAAAAUGGUGAUAUUUCCGAACUAAAA